AUGACGGUGUCGACGAUGGAGCGCCGCCAGGGUGAAAAUGAACGCACCUUCGGGCCAGCUGUUGUUGGUUGCUGUGGAGACUUCGACUUCACCCUCGCGUUCGAAUUCUCCAUCCUAACCAUUCUUCCGGCGUGCUUGUUCUUACUGUCUGCUUCUUUCCGCCUCUUUCAGUUGUACCGGAAAACGCCCCUUAAUAAUGGAGCGGCAUGGCUAUUUGUUGUAAAGCAGAUCAACGUGGCGCUUUUGGUGUGCGCCAAGUUUUCCGUCUUCGUUAUCGCUGUCGUGAUUAGGUCGACGACAGCCCCCAGGAACCUUGCCAUCGUGGCUGGUGUUCUGGACCUCAUGACGGCCGUCUGGAUGAGUCCGUUAUCGUGGCUUGAGCAUCGAAGGUCACGCCGCCCGCCUCUUUGGCUGUGCUCGUAUCUACUCUUCACGUUGCUCUUUGAAGCUGUCCAAUGCCGAACGGCGUGGUUGUUGGCCCUGCAUCACGACUCCGGUAUGAAAGCCGCGGCUGUGUCCUCGACAGUCUCCGUCUUCUUCAAGCUGUUACUUUUGAUGCUUGAAUCGCAACAGAAGCCGCAGGCAUCUCGGGGGAGAGGAAAGGAAGAGCCAGCAGGCCCUGAUGAACAAGCCGGCAUUUUCAGUCUGGGACUUUUCUGGUGGCUGAAUCGUUUACUCCGUCUUGGUUCCCGUCAAGUCCUGCAACUCGGAGACCUCUACCCGCUUCAUUCGGGCCUGACCUGCGCAUCUCGAGACGCCGGAUACGAUUGCAACGGCCGUCCGGUAUCAAAGACAUUGAAGCCCGGAAAGCUAUCGGCACUGAUGCUCAUCACCCGUGCCGCGGGCUUACACGCCUUUCUCCCCAUCUUGCCACGUCUGGCCCUCAGCGGUUUCACGUUGGCCCAGUCACUCCUCGUCCGAAGGAUCCUCCAGUAUCUAUCCGACGAGCGGCAGCGCUCAGCGCCCAACACAAAGUACGGACUCAUCGGGGCCACGUUCUUGGUCUACCUCGGUAUCGCCCUGUCGACGUCCGUCUUUGGAUACCUCCACGAGCGCGCCCUUACGCAACUCCGUGGCCACCUCAUUCAAAACGUCUACCGGCACGCGACCAAGAUGCCUCCCAAGGCCGAAGGCGAUCGCAAGAAGGUCAUCACGCUGGUAACGGCAGACGUGGAGGGCAUCUACAACGGACUGCGCAACGCCCACGAGCUCUGGGUUGUUCCUGUUCAGACUGCCUUUGCCGUCUGGCUUGCCUACCGCGAGGUUGGUCCCGCCUCUCUUUGCGCCGUCGGGUUGAUUGUCGUCAGCUGCCUGGGGGUUGCUUUGCUAUCACCAAGGGUCGUCACGAGGCAGCAAUCGUGGAUGAAGUCUAUGCAGGCCCGGAUCAGCAAGACCAGCGACGUGCUGUCAUCCAUCAAGGGCCUCAGGAUGGCGGGCCUGUCGUCUGCUGCCAUCCCGAUCAUCCAAGAGGCCCGCGAUGAGGAACUGCGACGUGGAGGAUAUUUCAGGCUGAUGAUAGCCCUCUCGGCCACCGUCUCACUGUGUCCUGCGAUAUUGGCCCCCGUCAUCGUUUUCGCCGCGGGGCCUCGUCUUCUCGACGCGACGAAGGCCUUCACCACGCUCAGCUACUUGAACAUCAUGACGCAGCCACUGGGGAUUUUCAUCCAGGUUGUGCCCAUCGUUCUCGCGAGUUUGGUCAACCUGCAACGCAUAGAGGAGUUUCUGAUAUCUCUGCCCCAUACGGACUAUCGGCUCCUGGCCCCCCCUAGGCAAGACGGCCCGUCCACUUCAGCGGGACAUGACAACAAUGUGUCGAAAGGUGUCGCAAGAGCCGUUGAGAUUCGUGAUGCAUCGUUUCGGUGGUCAUCCGACUCGAGGCCCGUCCUGCGAAACGUCAGCCUUGAUAUCCCAAAGGCCUGCUUCGUCGUCGUCACGGGGCCCGUCGGUUCUGGAAAGACGACACUCCUCCAAGCUAUCAUGGGCGAGACUGCUGCCGUCGACGGUACCGUCGCGGUCAGCAGCCACCGCAUCGCAUACUGCUCCCAAGUCCCAUACCUCCCUCGGGAGACGAUCCAGACCAACAUCAUCGGCGACAGAGACUUUAAUCAAGAUCGCUACGAGCAGGUGCUGGUGGCCACGUCGCUGUUCACAGAUCUUCGGCAGCUUCCGCUCGGUGAUGAGACCAAGCUCGACGGCCGUGGAGACGUCCUCAGCGGUGGCCAGAAGCACCGCGUAGCCCUAGCACGUGCGCUUUAUCAACCUGCGGAUCUCGUCAUAGCAGACGACGUGCUGAGCGGUCUCGACAAGGAGACGGAGUCUGUUGUCUUUCAGCGGGUUUUCGGACCGCGGGGCCUGUUGAGACAGCGUGGUGCUACGGUCAUCAUGUGCACCAACUCGGCUGCUCAUGCCGAGAUGGCGGAGAUGCAAAUCGCCCUAGAGGUCGACGACGAUACUAGUUCGAAGGUCAGCAUCGUCUAUCGUCCGCAACAAGAAGUCGGACCUGUUGUCGAUAAAGAUACUCUAGCCGAAUCUUGGCUAUGCGAACCGAUCUCUCCAGAGGCUACCUCUUACGGAGGAAGUGAGAAGGACAUUGCAGUUGACUCCGGGGACGAAAAGUCAGCCUCCAGGACACGCGUAGUCCACUUAUUAUCUCCCGCGACCCCCGAGGACACCAAACCGAAGCAGAAGCAAGCAUGUUCUGAUAGUAGUGUCUGGUUUCACUAUUUUUCACGCAUCGGACUGCCCUAUUUCUUUCUGUUUGUCGCAUCCGCUCUUGCUUUUGGGGUUACCACGACGUAUCCCACUGUCUGGCUGGAGGAGUGGACGAGCGACAACUCAAAGCCGAGUCCUGCACAUUCUUUCGGCUGGUACAUAGGUGUGUAUGCUGCACUGGGUGUCUGCUGUCUUCUCUUCAGCUUUAUCAUGGGCAUUGUGGUCCUGGUCGCCUUUGUCCGCAACUCGGGCGCUGCUCUUCACAAGCAGACCAUCCGGACGGCCAUGUCCGCUGCAAUGAGCUACCUCAACCAGACAAUCAGCGGCACGUUGAUCACCCAUUUCUCUCAAGACUUGAGUAUCAUCGAUGGCAUGCUGGCGGGCUCCUUGAUCAACUUGACCUCUGCCGUCGUCAUCACUCUCGGCCAGGCUGCACUCCUCGUCGUUUCGUCGGCCUGGCUGGCUUUGAGUUUCCCUGGUCUGGCGGGAGUGCUCUUUUUCGUCUGGAAGAUGUACGUUCCGACCGCACUGCGCCUCAGAGUGCUGGAUUUGGAAGCGAAGGGUCCAAUAGUAACGCAUAUUCUAAGCACCAUAAGCGGCCUGCCCACAAUCAGAGCUUUUGGUUGGAUCCCAGGUGAGAUCGAGCGUAGCCAUUCUCUGCUCGACACCUCUCAAAAGCCGAGCUACUUGCUGGGCGUCACGCAGCAAUGGCUACUUCUCGUUGUCAACAUGGUGAUGGUGGUACUGGCCGUCAUGCUUGUCUGUCUUGCCACCCUUCUGCAACUAAGUUCAGGCACGAUCGGAGUUGGGCUCGUUACGCUCAUAACGUUUGGUAGAAAUGCGGCUGAUGGCAUCCGCGCCUACACCAUGGUGGAGAUCGCCUUGGGUGCCAUCGGUCGACUCAAGACGUUUAGCGAAAGCACGCCUCUGGAGACUCAGGCACAAGCACCCCGCGCCCUCGAUAAGUCAUGGCCGAGCAGGGGUGCUUUGCAAAUUCAGGCGGUAUCGGCCAGAUACGGUACAUCGACGGACUCUCAACUGGCGCUGGACAGACUAUCGAUGUCAGUGUCCCCCGGUGAGAAGAUCGCUAUCUGUGGACGAACGGGCAGUGGAAAAAGUUCCAUUAUCAUGCUGUUGUUAGGGCUUCUUGACCCAACUUCCGAACGCGCCGACAAAGUCGCCAUCGACGAUGUUUGCCUCGACCAACUGGCUCGCGAUGACCUUAGGAAUCGCCUGAUUGCCAUGCCACAAGACCCCGUGUUCCUCCCGAGCGGCACAUCUGUCCGUCGAAACCUUGACCCGACCGGGAGAGCCUCUGAUUGCAUCUGCCAAGGCGCACUGGAGACUGUAGGCCUGGUGCUCCCCUCACUAUCGGAUCUCAGUACCGAUCUCGACACUAGCAAUCUCAGUGAAGGGCAGAAACAGCUUUUUUGUCUCGGCAGGUGUAUAGUGAAGCGACGGCUGAAAGCCAUGGAAGCCGGAUUUGACUGUGACGGAGGCCUUUUGCUUCUCGACGAGGUUACGGCACACCUGGACGACGAAACAGCUGGCAGGAUUGAUGAGGUGGUCAAGCAAGAGUUUCGCAACUACACUGUUCUUGAAGUUACUCACCGCAUGAGGAAUAUCGAACAAUUUUCAAGAGCCUUCGUUUUGGAUGCUGGGCGGGUAGUUGAGGUUGGGAUGGUGGGAGAGUUGCUCGCUCGUGAGGAUUCUCAUUUGAAGAAAUUGUUUCAGAUGGAUGGUCAGUAG